AUGGAAGUUUAUACCAAUAAAAGUUUUUUGCAAUAUGAAAAUGUGGCACUCAAGAAGCCUGCCUAUAUGAGCACACCUGAUUCAACGUACAUCGCAAACAAUUGUGUUGACGGCAGCAAAGGAAAUAACAAUUUAUGUAAAUUGACGACCGAAACAACACCCUUUAAGAACUGGUUCAUAGUUGAUUUGACGAGAAAUUAUCAAGUUUUGUACGCUGUUUUAUACACAUUUGAUCUUCAAGGCAUGGAAGGCUUCAUUGUUGGGUUAUCGAACACGGUGAAUCAAAACUCAGAUGGCGCGAUACGAGGGACCUACGAUAAUUGCACCACUGGACCGAUAACUUAUAGCGCCUCAGCCCAACCGCUGAGAGUUGAUUGUAACUAUGGAAAUAACACAUACAGAUACGUGAUUGUCCAACAAUCAACUACUAAGGCUACUAGCGCUAAUAGGAUGACAUUUUCUGAACUGGAAGUCUACGGAUCUGAAAAUACUGUGUACAAGUAUGUCGGUUGUUUUAGGACCUUUCAAAAGCAGGCUACCUUCCACGAAUCCUCCCUUGAUAUAUGCAUCACAUUGUGUAAGGAAAUGAACUAUCCAUACGCUACUAUCAGGGAAAGACAUUGGUGUUUUUGUGCGGCAGUCGCUCCAACGGAUCUCUAUCCAUCCUCCUCUUGCUUCUCCUACUGCAACUCAGUCACUGGAGUCUGCGACGAGACUGAUCUGAACGCUGUUUAUUCAACACAACCCAGUCCAGGAUAUAUGGGAUGCUAUCUGGAUGCUGGUAGCAUCCUAAUCAACAGAGAUCUCAACCUGAAAUCGGUACAGAUGUCAGGGACAUUGACAAUUGAAAAAUGCUUAACUUACUGCUUAGAAAACGGCUUCUCGUACGCUGGAGUGCAGAGCAGUGCAUUUUGUAACUGUGGAAACACGUACGGAAAGUAUGGAAAGAUUUCCGAAAAUAUCUGCAACGCUGCAUGCUUUGCAACAAACUCGGGACAAGACAAAGCUGCUCACAAGUCCACCAUUGUACCACUCCAAACAGCGAGCUUAUUACUAAAUUUUUAUAGAAUUUAUUUUCGGAAAAUUGAAGAUUGCAACGUCAACAACGGUGAUUGUGGCAUCCACCCAUGCUCCUCAUUCCAAAUUGGAUCGACCGUCAUGACGGAAUGCGUUUGUAGGAUUGGCUACAUGAAAUAUUUCUACAACGAUUACUGUCAGCUGGUCAACAAUGUGUGCAAUGUUUUUCCAAACUUAUGCAACAACACGAUUUCCAGUUGUAUAGUUGUGGGUGGAGACUACUUAUGCAACUGCACAACUGGCUACCAACAUCCAACUAAUAGUUCGAAUAACAACACCAUCUGCAUAGAUAUCGACGAAUGUGCAACUUCAAAUCCAUGCAAUUCAACAAAUGAAUACUGCCUUAACACUAUUGGUUCAUAUCAGUGCUUGUGUCGACCUGGUUAUCAACUGAUUAGUAGUUCUUGCCAAGACGUCAACGAGUGUUUGAACGUCGGGACGAAUGUUUGCGAUGCUCAAACUUCAACGUGCGUCAACCAGAUUGGGACGUACAGUUGCUCGUGCUUCAAGGGCUUCGCCAAUAAAAACAAGUGGACCUGUGAAGACCUGGACGAAUGCCUGACAGACACUCACUCCUGUAACUCAUCCACUUCUUCCUGCGUAAACAAUGUUGGCACUUACAGCUGUUUGUGUAACAGUGGCUACUUUAACAAAGAUCAACACACUUGUGAAGUCUCUCAAGAAAAAAGUGUUCUAUUCGCAUUCAUCGCCAUCUUCAGCGCCGUUCUUUUGACGCUGAUUGGAUUCUUCUCAUACUGCACUGCUUCCAACCAGUUCAAAUAUGCACCUCUCAAUAGAGAAAUUGCCUGA